GCACUAGGAUAUCAAGAGGAUUCAAGGGGAGAGAAUUUGUCAACAAUUAUUGAACUCGUGAAUCAAUUGUGAUGGUGCGAUCGAAUGGUCGGGAACAACUGAUGCCUGCGAUACUGUCCAGCCGGAGAGAGAGGACCGUUAGAUAACCCGGCUGUUUAGUUGAAGACGACGAGACUUUCGUUACCAACAUCUUUACGUUCAGCUGUUCCUCAUCAUCAGCGCGUACAGGUGACCAAACCCCACAAAAAUGUCAUCCCCAGAGGAUCGAAUAAUAGUCCUCAUCGACAUGGACUGUUUCUUCUGUCAAGUGGAGUCGCGUGACCAGCCACACCUGAAGGGCCAUCCCCUGGUGGUCUCUCAGAACAACGUCGUCUUAGCGGUGAGCUACGAGGCACGGGCCCUGGGUGUCACAAGAUUCAUCAGAUCGGAAGAGGCAAAGAAAAAAUGUCCGUCCAUAAACAUCGUGAACUCGCCGAUAUCUCAUGGAAAAUCUGACAAUACGAAGUACAGAAUGGCUGGUCAGGAGGUAAUCCAGGUAUUAAAGCAGCAUUGCGAAACGAUGGAACGUGCGAGCAUCGACGAGGCGUAUUUGGACAUCACAAAAUUGGUAGAGAGCCGACUGGAGUCAAGCCUGAAUACUUUGAGGGAUCAGAAAACAUCCCUAGCCAACACCUUUGUGGUCGGUUACAGUGGAGUCUCCAACGACGAGGCUGAACGCUCUGAGGGUCUCCAAAGGUGGCUGAAGCAGGUUCUCGAUGACAUACACGACGACCAAGCGAGGAGACUGGCCACCGCUGCGAUGAUCGUCGAAGAACUGCGGAAGGAAAUUCUCGAGAAAUGCAGCUUCACGUGUUCCGCUGGGAUAUCCCACAACAAGGCCCUAGCAAAAUUAGCCUGCGGCCUUCACAAGCCGAACAAGCAAACCAUCCUCACAACUUCUGAGAUCCCAGAGCUGUUCAAAUCGAUUCCAGUCAACAAAGUCAGAAAUCUUGGGGGAAAAAUUGGGAAGCAGUUGAUGGAGAAUUUUGACUGCAGAGUUAUGGCUGACCUCAUGAGAUUCAGCCAGCAGGAGCUGAUGAAGACCUUCGAUGAGAAGACAGCUAAAUGGCUGUUUAAUAUUGCCAGGGGAAUCGACCACGAGCUUGUGACACCCAGGUUGACAUGCAAGUCUAUCGCUGCGAGCAAGAACUUCUUUGGAAAAGCUGCCAUCACCGAUCUGGAGGGGCUCAAAGAGUGGGUGGGAGAGCUCGCUGGAGAUCUUGUCGAGAGGCUCCAGCAAGACCUAGAGGAUAACCAGAGGAGAGCAACGACUUUGACCGUCUCCUUCCAAUAUCUCGUGGAGAAGAAAACUGUAUCACAGUCCAAGAGCUGUGGAAUGGGGACUUAUAAGAGGGAAAGAAUUGCAGAGACUGCUUUUGAUAUUAUUUCUAGGAACAUGCAGAUGCCGAUUGUUUUGAUCUCCCUGGGGGCGAAUAAGUUCGUUGAGGUGCAGAAGACCGGGAGAUUUAUGGAAUAUUUCAAGAGGGAUGGGGAGAAGAAAUCGUCGGAGACUGAGGAGGGAGAGAGAGGAAGGCCGAGGGUUGAGGAGAUGUCUGGGAUUGCUUUGAAGGAGAAGAAAGAUGUCCUUGAGAGCGAUGGAGCGAACUUGGUCAAGUUGAAGGAAAUAUUCCCUGAUUUGGAGGAUAUAGAUCAGUCAGUUUUGCAGCUACUCCCAAUUGAACUACAAAAUGAAGCUACAUUAUAUAUGAAAGGGAAAGAUAAAAGUGAAGAGUGUAAAAACACAAUUUCUGGUGGUAAUUCUUCGGGAAUGAAGACUGUUCGGUCGGAAGUCAGCAGUGGUAAUCGUUCUUUGAAAAUUGGGUGUGGUGAGUGCAGGGAGAUGAUCCCGGGGGAUAAAUAUUCUGAGCAUUGCGAUUUUCAUAUUGCACAGAAUUUGCAGGAGAGUUUUAAUCAGUCGCUAGAGUAUUCUAGGACGAGAAUAAGGGACCGCCGCUCGCCUCGGAGGAAUAAGACUCGAAGGAUUGAGUCAUAUUUUGGUAAAUUAGAGGAUUGAUAAUUAAAGACGAACAGAACGAUGUUGCAUGAUUAUUUUGUUACGGUCUUAGAGAAAUUACAAACGAGUUAAAACAUCAAUGUAAAAAGUUAAAAGUCCAAUAAAUGUUAAGUCAAAACCAAUCACAAUCACAAUGUUAAGUCCAAUAAAUGUUAAGUCAAAGCCUUGUCUUAUUUAUC